UGUUCUCGUUAUCCGCAAAAAGAAACCCGCUUUGCGGCUGCGAGCCCCCGGACCAGAAGUCGAACGGCAAUGGCUCUCCUCUUCUUCCCUCUCCCCUCCUCCACUGUCUUCAUCCCUCUCAGAAGAAACUCCGAACCCUCCUCUCUCCACUCCAUCUCCUUUCCCAUCUCCAUCUCUAGAAACCCUAGUGCUGCCUCUUCUCGAAAGCCGCUCCUUUCCGCUCGCGCGGCGAUGCGGCUCGCCGAGGAGACGAGCAGGGCUGAUGCCGCCUCCACCCUCGAUAUCUCGAAGCUCGGCAUCUCUGAACAGAUCGUCUCCGCUCUCUCUCGUCGGGGAAUUACCGAGCUCUUUCCCAUUCAGAGAGCUGUCUUGGAGCCAGCUAUGGAAGGUCGAGAUAUGGUUGGAAGAGCUAUUACUGGUUCAGGGAAAACCUUAGCCUUCGGCAUUCCCAUAUUGGAUAAUAUUAUUCGACAUCAGAGUCAACACAGGAGAAAUCAAGUCCCUUCUGCUCUAAUAUUAGCACCUACACGUGAACUUGCACGUCAGGUGCAACGGGAGUUUAAAGCAUCUGCUCCAAGCUUGAGCAGCACAUGUCUCUAUGGAGGAAUACCAAUCAUGAACCAGGUGCGAUCUCUAAGAUUUGGCAUGGAUGUUGUUGUUGGGACACCUGGAAGAAUUAUCGACUUAGUUCAAAGGGGUGCCUUAGAUCUCUCAGAAGUCAAGUUUGUUGUGUUGGAUGAGGCUGAUCAGAUGUUGGCUAUUGGAUUUCAAGAGGAUGUCGAAUGCAUUUUAAGUUAUUUACCUGCAAGGAAGCAAUGUAUGCUGUUCUCAGCAACAAUGCCUUCGUGGGUUAAUGUUCUCUCAAGAAAGUACCUGAAUGAUCCUUUAGUAAUUGAUCUGGUUGGUGACUCUGAUCAGAAGUUAGCUGAGGGCAUUUCUCUCUAUUCUAUUGCAACAACUGCUCCUAAUAAGCAUAAUCUUCUGCCAACUUUGAUCUCUAGGUAUGCACAAGAAGGUAAAAGUAUAAUUUUUACAAAGACAAAGAAGGAUGCUGAAUCACUUUCAAGGUCCAUGACAAGAAUCAUUGGAAGCAGAGCAUUGCAUGGGAACAUGCAGCAAUUUCAAAGGGAUAAAACUCUUGCUGCUUUCCGUGAUGGACAGUUUAAUGUGCUGGUUGCUACUGAUGUUGCUGCACGUGGUCUUGAUAUCCCAAAUGUUGACUUGGUUAUUCAUUUUGAAAUGCCAAAUACUUCAGAGGUCUUCCUUCAUAGAUCUGGUCGGACUGGUCGUGCUGGAAAAAAGGGGACUGCAGUUCUUAUUUUCACUCGAAGCCAGCAGCAGGCAGUCAGAACUAUUGAGCGGGAUCUAGGCUGCAAAUUUGAACAGUUGCAUGGAAUCACCGAUGGUGUUGGUAGCAGAAUAGAAUAUUCAGAUGGGGAAGGGAGCCUUUAUGACAAGCAUGAUUCAGUAGAGGAGAAGUUUCGGCAUCGAGAUCAUUUUUCUGACCGCCGGUAUGGAAAGUAUGGAAGAUAUCAAGUAUCCAAUCCAUCAUUUAGAGGUUAUGAAGGCUCUAGAAAGAACUAUUUUUCUGGUCAGUCUGAUUCCCCGCAUGCUCGUCAAGCUCAAACCAGAAGAAAGCAAUUUCUCGAGUAUGAUGACUUUCAAAAUGACCAUGGGAAUGGAAGGAUCACAGGUCGAGAAAGUUUGCAGUGGCCCUCAAGGACUGCACGUCCAAAUGCUUACCAUGAGGCAAAAUCAAAUUCCUCAGGCAGGACCUAUAAAGGCUAUAAUAAGAAUAAGAGCAGAAAUAAACGACCAUUCAAAUCUGCAAGCACCAAUGAAAAUUUUGAUCAGAUAGUUGAUUUGUUCAAGGACCUCUAUUAAAUGGGAUCCAGACUGGUCUCAUUUUCUGACAGCUUAUAGCCAGGGAUUCAAGCGCCAUUCGGUUGUCUUUUUGAUGUCAUUACAAGGUCAAGCAGAAGAGUGAUAGCAUUGCUGUUCAUCUCUGCUGGGAUCCGUGUGGUGGCCCCCUUGAAGUCAAGGAUUUCCAUGCCAUCAAGUGUUGCUAGUGCUAGAAGGAUAUGAAACAAAAAAAUAUUUUUUUUAUUUAAAAAAAAAAGAUUGUGGAAGAAUGUUCGUGUAUAUUGAGCAAUCUGGAAUGAUGUUAUAGUUACAAAGUGCUUCACAUUGCCCAUUGCAAAUUGGCAGUAUUUUUUUUUU